AUGGAUGAAAGACCAUCUGGAGACCGCCUCAAGCGUCCUCUCGUAGAAGACGAUGACUCCGACAAACCCCCUGCGCAAAAAAGAAUAAGAUAUCCAAAAGGUAAAAAAGUGAAGGAAGGGAAUUCUGUGGUCGAUCUGCGCCAAAAUCCCCAAGAUGUUCCAAGUGGGUGGAGAGAUCCUCGUCUUGCUGCCAAAGAGCGUGCAAUGCAGCGGAAUCGGAUUACUGCUGAACUCCUCAGCGAAGAAAAUAGAGGAAUGAUUCAUGACAUAUCACAAGCAGAAGAGCAUUACGAGGAGACCCUUUGGGCUCUUGCCUCGUCAACUGAGCAAUUUUUGAAAAUGCCUAGUGCAAUCAGAUGGAGUGGCACCUGUGAUGGCGAGAUAUUUGUUCAGGACGGGGUUCAGGUGGAACCUUUCAAUCUGACAAAAGAGAGGGAAGAAGGUUACUUCGAUGCAGAUGGAAAUUAUGUUGAAUACCUCAAUGAUAAUGAUAUCAAGGAUGCAUGGCUUGACAAUGUGGAUGUCGAUACAAAAUUUGCUGAAAGAAGCUCUACAGUAACAAAUGAUGAAGAUGGAACCCCCGACCUUUCAUCUGAACAAAUUGGAAAGAUGAAGAGGCGCAUUGCUGAUGUCCUUGAGCCUGGAGAAACGGUUUUACAAGCUUUGAGGAGAUUGAAAGGAACCACGAAUAGUAGGAAGGAAAAGAUGUCGCCAGAAACAAAACUUCUUUUUGAUCAGCUGACUGAAGAUGCCAUGAAGCUGAUGGAGAAUGAAGGAUAUGAAAGGUUAGCCCAGGCAAGGGGGCAGGGUACCUCCACUAGUGCCGGUCAAGAAAAUUUGGAUUAUACUGUGUCCCAGGACUUUGUUCCUAAUGGAAAGGAUACGGAAAGUGUCUCUUCUGUUACAGCUGUGGGUCCUUCAAACUUGAAUGUUUCUACUGAUGCAAGCAAUGAUGAUGCAUUGGAUAUGUUUGCAGAAGAUGAUGAAAAUGCUACUGCCAAUCCAUCUUUCGAUGGGAGUGCCUUUCCUGGUGGGAAUUUGCAGAAUGAUUAUGUGUAUGAUGAGUCCUCUGGUUACUACUACAGCAGCAGUUUGGGUUAUUACUAUGAUCCCUCUUCAGGAUUGUAUUGUUGCGCUGCAUCUGGACAAUGGUACUCGUAUAAUGAGGAGACAGGCGCAUAUGAUGAAAUUCAGGAGGCUGCAUCCAUCGCGAGCUGA